GUGAUGGCGCAUGGAGUGCGCGCGGACGGCGUGGUGCGCGACGCUGGCGCUGGCGGUGCUGGCGGCGGCCGGCCCGCGCUACAGCUCGCGCAUCGUGCACACACACGCCGGUAACUGUCCAGUGUGCGAGUGUGUGUCACAGGCCGGGGCCCGUGAUGGCGCAUGGAGUGCGCGCGGACGGCGUGGUGCGCGACGCUGGCGCUGGCGGUGCUGGCGGCGGCCGGCCCGCGCUACAGCUCGCGCAUCGUGCACACACACGCCGGAGCGAUCCGCGGCAUAAUCGUGGAGCCGGCGUCGCGGCGCCUGGAGCCGGUGGAGGUGUUCCGCGGCGUGCCGUACGGCGCGCGCCCGCCCCGCCUCGGCGCGCCGCCGCCUCCGCCCGCCUGGCCCGGCACGCGCCUGGCCGACACCUUCGCGCCCGUGUGCCCGCAGGCGCUGCCCAACUUGUCCAACAGGAGCGCGGCGCUGGCGCAGAUGCCGCUGGGCCUGUACAACGAGCUGCGCGCCGCCGCGCCGCUGCUCGCCAACCAGAGCGAAGACUGCCUCUACCUCAACAUCUACGUGCCCGGUAGCGGCGCGCGCGGCGUGGAGGCGCCGUACGCCGUGGCGGUGUGGCUGGCCGCCGCGCACGAGUGGGGCUCGGGCAACGCGCUGGACGGCGCCGUGCUGGCGGCGCGCGCGCACCUGCUCGUGGUCACGCUCAACUAUAGGAUAGGACUGUUAGGUUACUUGACGAGCGGCGCCGCGGACGACGCGUCGCAGGCGGGCGGGGCGGCGGCGCUGGACGUGGCGGCCGCGCUGCGCUGGCUGCGGCGCAACAUCGCGGCGUUCGGCGGAGACCCGCGCCGCACCACGCUGGUGGGGCACGCGGCCGGUGCCGCGCUCGCCAACGUCAUGCUCAUGCUGCCGCUCACCAGAGGGCUGAUAUCGCGGGUGAUGCUGCUGAGCGGCUCGGCGCUGGGCCCCGCGUCGCUGGCGCCCGACGCCGCGCUGGCCCGGGAGCACGCGGCGCAGGCGCUGCGCUGCUCCCGGGACUCCACCACUGACGAGCACUGGCUGGCGGCGUGCGUGCGCGCGCGCCCGCUGUCGGCGCUGCUGGCGGUGGCGCCGCCGCGCGCGCGCUUCCUGGCGGGCUGGGCGCCCAGCGUGCCGCGCGCGCGCGACGGCAGCAGCCCGCCCCCGUCGCGCGCGCUGCACGCCAGCGAGGCCUUCCUCGAGGUGGCGCUGGCCGUCGUCGUCACCACCACGGAGAGCUACGAGUUUUUUAGUGAAGAAGAUGUGAGACACGGCUUCGAGGAGGAGCACAGGAGCCGCAUCCUGCGCACGUACGUCCGCAACGUGUUCCGCUACCACCGCAACGAGAUCUUCGCGGCGGUGCGCAACGAGUACACGGACUGGGAGAAGCCCAUCCAGCACCCCAUCAACAUCCGCGACGCGACGCUCGAGGCGCUCAGCGACGCGGCGGGCGCGGCGCCGGCGCUGCGACUGGCGCAGAUCCACGCGCGGCGCGGCGCUCGCACCUACUUCGCGCACUUCGCGCACCAGACCAAGGAGGCGGACUAUCCGCAGCGGCUGGGCAGCGUGUCGAGCGACACGCUGAGCUACUUCCUGGGGCUGCCGCUGGUGGGCGGGCAGCCGCUGGCGCCGCGCAACUACUCGCGCAGCGACGUGGCGGCGGCCGAGGCGACGGUGGCGCUGCUGGCCGCCUUCGCCAAGACCGGCGACCCCACGCCCGCGCCCGACGAGCGCCACGACGGCGUGGCCUGGCCGCCCUACGACCUCAACACGCAGCAGUAUCUGAGUAUAGGGUCCAAGCUGCGGCCGAAGAGCCACUACCGCGGACACAAGCUGUCGCUGUGGCUGCAGCUGGUGCCGCAGCUGCACCGGCCCGGCGCCGCCCCGCAGCACCACCGCCUGCGCGCGCCGCGCCCCGACAUGUUCGCAGGUGAGAUCUUCCCCGAGCUGUACACAACGCCGUCGCUGGACGAGGAGGACGACAGCGAGGAGCCGGAGCCCGAGGCGGAGGAGUGCGAGCCCUCCCCCUCCGCGCGCCCCGCGCUCUCCGCGCCCGCGCCGCCGCCCGAGCCCAAGGAGGACUCGCUCACCAACAUAGACACGCAGUACUACAGUUACACAGUGGCGCUGGGCGUGACGGUGGGCGCGGGCUGCUUCCUGCUGGCGCUGAACCUGCUGGUGUUCGCCGGCAUCUACCUGCAGCGCGGCAAGCGGCGCACGCAGCGCCGGCCGAGGAGAGAAGGCAGUGGCAGCAGUCGCGCGGGCGCGGGCCUGAGCAGCGAGCCGGCCGGGGCGCCGUCGCCGCGCAAGAGCACGCUAAAGCGCAGCAGCGAGGCAGAACUAAAAGAGAGACCGAGCGCGGCGCCACCAAAAAAGCGAGUGCAGAUACAAGAGAUCUCUGUGUAGACGACUUCUGACUCUUCCCGAGCGACCGCUCCGCGUGAGCUAGUGCAGCUAGUGAAGUGAAUCGUUUCCGCCGGAGUCGCUCGCCGCACGGGCGGGCGAGCACGAGCCGCUCGCUCCAAUGACUACUCUUGCAUCACUAGUCAUUGUCUGGUGCAUGUGGGACGAUAUUGCGGUUAUCUUUCAGUUGGAACUAUUCGUAAACAUUCAUUUCUGUGUGUGGGAUGACAUUGAUCUUACUGUAAGCCGUUGUACUCACAGUAUCAAUAGUUAAUAUGUGUGAUGUCUAUAUUGAUUGUGUGACUUUAUCUUCUUUUCAUUUUAAUUACCAACUGCAGAGUGCAGCAUAUAACAUAUUAUGUUUUUAUAUUUUUAGUUUCAAUUACAUAUUUGCUAUAUACAAUUCUAAGAUAAUCUGUUAGGGCGAUGCCUCAAUAGUGCGAUCCGUUGCGAUGAGACAUCAACCUUGAAGCGCACGAUGAUACAUCAACGGACAACGGACCAACAUUGUUGGUCCGUUGUCCGUUGAAACGUCAUGUGGCCUGCGAAGACGCAACGUUUUAACGUGGCGAAGUGGGCACUUCAUUAUAAACACACUGCACGAUGACUGGCCACUUCUGGUGAAAAAAACAACAAUGCAGCUGCGACUGUAAUGUAUAAUUUGACUCCUCCAUAUCUCAGAAAAUAUUAGAAAAAUGCAUUAUGUAAUGUUCAAAACCUUACGUCAUGUGCCAGUUUUUAGAAUGAAGUCAAAGAAUCUUAAAACCGUUAAAACCAACAAAAACAAAUUAAAGUUAAAGAAAAUAAAUUUUAUUUUAAACAAAUUGACUUGGCACACCUCUGUACUCAACUUAACACAAUAUUUUUACAGCAAACUUGGCCUCUUCAUGACUUUUAUGUUUAAAGAGUAUAGGACUUGUAUACAUGCACGUUCGCUAGGAGCUAGUGAAGUGGAACACGUGCCGGGGAAUGAGUUCAUCGAUGACGCGGCUGGCUGAGCGCGAGCGAGCCGCUCCAGUGGCCACUCUUGCAUCACUAGCGUCUGGUGCAUGAGCCACGUUAACCAUAUCUAGAAUGUCUCAAAGGUUUCACAAUUUGCCAACUUUUUGACCGAUUAAUCCACAUUCAUCAUCAUCAUCAUCAUCAUUGUCAGCCGAUGGACGUCCACUGCUGGACAUAGGCCUCUUGCAUAGACUUCCAAACAAAACGGUCUCGAGCCGCCAGCAUCCAGCGGCUCCCUGCAACCCGCUUGAUGUCUUCGGUCCACCUAGUGGGGGGUCGACCAACACUGCGCUUUCCGGUGCGGGGUCGCCAUUCCAGCACCUUGGGACCCCAACGUCCAUCGGCUCUUCGAACAAUCCACAUUGUGUUUCUUUAAUUUGACAUAACUGCCUCGUUGGGUUCGUGUUUAGCUUAUCUGGCUUCGGUUCCUAGCGCGAGUCCAAAUACAUUUUACCAGUGUUCUAGCAAAGCUCUCGUGUCUCAAUCCUGACCAACGAGCGAUUGUGAUGCAAGUUGUCAGCCGACUGCGCCCGUCGCCCCGUGCAUGUGAAUUGGUAAAUUCGUGUAUGUUGAAUGUGUUGGAACGUUUCCAUCUUCGGUCGCGCUCCCGAGAACAUUUAUUAUAUUGUCUGCGGCCGGCGGAGCAUUGUUGCGUUGAUAAAUUAUUGUGCGGUUCCGCUUUCGAGUCCGUUAACUUUUCUUUUGUUUGAAUUUCAAUCGGAAGUUAACUUUUCUACUUUUAAAAUGUCACUUUGCGUUUAACUCAUUUGUAAUUUUUCAACCGUUAUUAAAUAAUUAACUGGAAACAAAUGAGUGCUAACGAAGCAAUUUACUUCCUUUAGAAUCAUAGUUUGUAGCUGAAUGUAACAAUUUCAUAGUAUUAUUUUUUGUUUCUAAAUUAUAAAGUAAAAUAUGAAUGUUACAAAAACUCCUUGCAGUUGAAUUCUACACCGCUGUUACAACUUCUUUAUAUUUUAUGUCUCUGUUAAUCGAAAUUUCAAUUCUAUCUCUAGUUAAGUGCUCUUUGUUUCAUAUACUUGUAUUAUAAUAAGUAUAUCGGUAGUUAAUGAGUUAACGAUAAAUAUUUAUAAAAUACCUUUUACAUUUACCUCGUAAUUAAGGAGUGUUAGACAUUUUGUAUAAAGCGAUCUGUUACGGUUAGUUCUUACGAGAUGUAUAGAUCUGUCAAAUGUUAUAUACAGGAAGAAAUUUUUUCAAGUACGGAUAUUUUUAUAUUUUGUACAUAAACAAAAUUUAAUGAACACGUAUUUUUUCUUUUUUUUUUUAACUCAAAAAUAACAAAGUUAUCGUUAGCUAAAGUUUAAACAUUUAAACAGAAUUUGAGGGUCACCCUAUCGCUGUACUAAGUAAUAGCACAGUAAUAGGCAACUACAAAAUCAGCUGGUAGGUACUAGGUUAGCGAGCGCCCGCGCCGAGGGCCGUUGACCUUUCUACGUUUAUUUAUUUUUGUACCUAUUAUUUUUUAUAAUAAUUAAAGGUCGUCGCUUUUGAGUUGAGUAUCGAUUUUCCCUUCAUACUUUAUUGGGCUUAGGACCAUCAAUAAUGCGUAGUAAUAAUAAAAAUUAUAAACUUUCGAUUGCAAUAAUGAAAUACAAAUGAUGAUUAUUAU